CCAGGGCGUGUUCCCGCAGGGUUAUCUGACUUAUCUCCUUGGCGUAGAUGUACCGGUCCGGCCACAACGUCCAUGCAGCUGGACGGCAUCGCCGCACGGCCGGCACUCCAGCGCGUCUGAGGCGAGCAGUGCAUUGGGAGCGGCGCCACUUUGAGACGCUGUGGCGGCUGGCCAUCGACGCUGUGCCGCUACCGGGCAACUCCCACAUGCCAGCGACACGGCACGAGCCGUGUGGCCGUGGUCAGGCUGAGGCGCGCCCCGCCGCCCCCCUGCCCACGCCAAGACAGCAUCAAUUCUGGCACUGCGCGGUGGCCAAAUCCGUGGUGGCGCAUAUCAACGCACACAGACCGGAAGUUUCGCCCAUCAGCCAGGCGCAGCUCUGGCUGGCGCAGGCGCCACCGGGCUAUCAGCAGUGUGUUUGGGAUGUGGUGACGAUGGCGGUGCUGUCCGCCAUGGAGCAUGGCCGGGUGCGGCUGCGCGGGAUGUCGCGCGGUGCGGCGGCUUAAGGAGGUGUGGCGACAGCGGUGGCCGCAGCGAACACUGGGGCCGCGGCAGCGGAAGCAGCGGAGGCGGAUCCCGACCCGCAUGAGGUCCCGCCUGCGCCGCUUCCACCGCCGCCGCCAGACGUGACCCCCGCCCAGUUGGCAACUUGGCAUGUGCUCGUGCGGUCGCGGAUCUCUGGCCGCGGCUGCUACAGUUCGCACAGACGCUGGGCGUUCCCCGCAAGGCAGGGCUGGGAGGGCGUGGACUCCACGCACCCAAUCCUUGCCGUGGUUGAUUGGGAGCUGCUUUGCGCACUGCCGCAAGCAUUGGAGCUGGAGCCAGAGGCUUGAAGAGGGAGCAGCGCUCACUAGAAGUGCUAAGAGCGCGUAGAGGAGCCGUCACUGUGUUGGCAUUCUAUUGGGGCCCAGCGGGCAGGGGAUGGCAGCUGUGAGGCAGGCUAGCAGGUUUAGGAUCGGUGCGUGGGUAUGCAGGGGCUUUGGGGCUUCAAGCGUGGGUUAGGUGCUGGAGCACGUCGGGCCUCGUGGUCUGGACCGGCCUAGUAGCAAGGACGCGUUUGUGGCUGCCCGCAGUAGGCUAAAUCUGCCCUGGCGUCGUGCGCUGGCUAGGUUGAGGUUGCGGUCGUCGGGUCGUGUGAGGCUGCGAGGUCGCCGGACCAAGCCUCGUAGCCUGCAGGUGUCUUGUCGUGUGUGUCACGUGUGCAUGUGCGCGUGUGGCCGGUGCGCUGUGCUGGCGUUACUUUGUUUGUUUUCUGGCUGGUGCUUGCCUAGAGCUUGCCCAUCCGCUGGGCCCUGCGAUGUUCUGGCCAGGAGUGACCCUGCUGAGAUCAUUGGUGUUGUCCAGAGUUGUCCAGAGUUGUCCAGCAUCACUUCCGUUGCGCC